UUGAAGUUUACUGUGUUGCUGACAUCUGAGGGAUUUAGAAGGUCCUCUCUUGCAAGAAAGUUUUAUUGACUGAUAAUCUGGGUUGAUGGGUUCUUAACCAAUUUAUUGCUUUUUGAAAAAUCUUACAUUUUUCUGGCACUAAGUUGAUCUGUGAGCACUAACCAUGUGAAAUUGUAUGAGCACCUGAAAGUUUAAUCCUUUAUGUACUUUUAACAGCCAUUACAGGAUCUUUAGUGUGAUUUCCCUUGCAAUUCCAUGGCUCAUAUUCUUCAUGCCAAGGCGGUGAAGGAUGGUACAGUUAGGAGUUUGAACGCGGCGAAUUACCUCUUGAGCUUGUAUGUGAAAUCUCAGAACUUUGACAAUGCACACAAGUUGUUUGAUGAAAUACCCGGCAGGGAUAUCCGCUCGUGGACUAUCUUUAUUUCCGGUUUAGCUCGAAUUGGUUCUUCUAGGAUGGUGUCUGAACUUUUUAGGAAAAUGCAGACUGAGGGUGUUCCUCCAAACCAAUUUACAUUAUCUAGCGUGUUAAGCUUGUGUUCUAGUAAAAGUGAACCUCAGAUUGCUAAGGGAAUUCAUGGAUGGAUAGUGAGAAAUGGGAUUGAUUUGGAUGUUGCAUUGGAAAAUUCUAUUCUUGAUGUAUAUGUAAAAUGUGGUGCUUUUCAAUAUGCAGAAAGAUUAUUUGGAAGGAGAAAAGAGAGAGACACAAUUGCUUGGAAUAUCAUGAUAGGUGGGCAUAUGCGUAUUGGAGAUGUGGAGAAGUCUCUUGAUUUGUUUGAUAGGUUUCCUUUCAAAGAUGUCGCUAGUUGGAAUACGGUUAUAGAUGGGCUAAUGCGCAAAGGGUAUGAAGGCGCUGCAUUGAAACUACUCUAUGAGAUGGCAAAAAAGGGGCCAACAUUCAAUGAGUUCACAUUCUCCACAGGUUUGGUUUUGGCUUCAAAGUUAUCACUCUUGGAACUUGGGAGACAAAUUCACAACCUUGUCCUUACAUUAGGUAUCCACAACAAGGGAUUUAUUAAGACUUCUCUUAUAGAUUUCUAUUGCAGAUGUGGGGAAAUGGAGAAGGCACUGGUGAUCUUCAGAAAGAUGCGCCAGCUUCAUUCGAACUCUCUAAAUCCCAUCGUUUCUAGCGAUGAAUCAAUGACAGAAAUCAUAGCAUGGAGCUCAUUGAUUUCUGGGUUUGUUCAUAAUAACGAGUAUGAAAAUGCUUUACAGACUUUUGUUUCUAUGGUUAGUGAUAAUAUUGGCGUAGACAGAUUUACAGUCACAACCAUUGCCUCUGUCUGUGCUAAUGUUGGGAGUUUAACACUCGGUCAACAUAUCCAUGCAUACAUUCAGAAAAUUGGGCACCAACUGGAUUUUCACUUAGGUUCCUCACUAGUUGAUAUGUAUUCCAAAUGUGGAAGCCUAGAGGAUGCUCGGGUGAUUUUUAACCAAACCUCUAGUCCCAAUGUUGUGCUGUGGACAUCAAUGGUUUCUGCUUGUGCUUUACAUGGGCAAGGACACGAAGCAAUUCGGAUUUUCGAACUCAUGAUAGAAGAGGGAUUCAAACCAAAUGAAAUUUCUUUUACUGUGGUUUUAACGGCUUGCAGCCAUGCUGGCCUUCUUGAAGAAGGCUGCAACUAUUUUCGCUUGAUGAAAGAAGUUUAUCACAUCAAACCUGGAAUUGAACACUUCACUUGUAUGGUUGAUCUUUAUGGCCGGGCUGGACACUUAGACGAGGCUAAAAAGUUCAUUCAUAGAAACCAUAUUUCUAAUCAGAGUUUAGUUUUGAAGUCAUUUCUAUCUUCUUGCAGACUUCACAGAAAUAUAGAAAUGGGAAACUGGGUUUCUGAAAAGCUUCUCCACCUCAAAUCAUCAGAUGCCGGAUCCCAUGUCCUGUUUUCGAAUAUGUGUGCUGUCAAUCAAAGAUGGGAAGAAGCAGCUAAAGUGAGGAGCUUAAUGAGACAGAGAGGGAUCAAUAAACUCCCUGGUCAAUCUUGGAUCCAACUGAAGAACCAAGUCCACAGUUUUGUUAUGGGAGAUAGGUCUCAUCCAAGUGAAGCUGAGAUAUACUUAUACUUAGAUGAACUGAUUGGAAGAUUGAAGGAGAUAGGUUACUCAUCCGCAGUGGAUCAGGUAAUGCAGGAUGUAGAAGAAGAACAAAGCGAACAGUUCCUCGGUUAUCACAGCGAAAAGCUUGCCAUUGCUUGCGGAAUCAUCAGCCUGCCAUCCGGGACUCCAAUUCGAAUCAUGAAAAACCUUAGAGUUUGUACUGACUGUCAUAACUUUAUCAAGUAUACUUCUCAGCUUUUGAAUAGGGAGAUCAUUGUUAGAGAUAUUCGCAGGUUCCAUCACUUUAAGGAUGGUUCCUGCUCUUGUGGAGAUUACUGGUGAGGUUCUAACAUUACACAACAUGUUCUAACAUUUUUGGUGUACAUCCGAUUAUAGCUUUUGGUCAUUGAGUUUUUCAUCAUUUUGGGCUUUAAAUUACCUUAUCAAGUGACAUUUUGUUUAGUUCCUUAGCAAUCAUCCUUGUA